AUGUUGGCGAUUACGGCAGCUAAGGCCGCGGCGUUUAGUCGUCUAUACGAAGAAAUUGGGGAUAAAGACGGGGACAAGAAAUUGUAUAGGCUAGCUAAGGUGAGGGAGCGAAAGGCCCGGGAUCUGGACCAAGUGAGAUGCAUAAAAGACGAGGAGGGAAGAGUUUUAUUGGAGGGGGCACAGAUCAGGCAGAUAUGGCAGGCGUACUUCCAUAAACUCUUGAACGAGGAGGGAGAUAGGGGCAUCGCAUUGGGGGAGUUGGAGUACUCGGAGCGGCAGCGAGAUUUUGGGUACUGUAGGCGCAUACGAGUGGGGGAGGUGGAAGAGGCUAUGCGCAGGAAGAGUAGGGGUAGAGCGACUGGGCCGGACGAGAUCCCAGUGGAAUUCUGGAAGAGUGUGGGCAAGGAGGGCUUGGAUUGGCUUGCUAGGUUGUUUAACGUCAUUUUUAGGACGAAGAAGAGCCGGAGACUGGAGGCGGAGUACGAUGAUCCCGUUGUACAAGAACAAGGGGGAUGUCCGAAACUGCAACAACUAUAG